CUUGUGACUCGCUUUCGUGAACGGACGCAUCGCGCUUUGGGCAUUUCUGUGCUUCUUGGGCUCUCCUCAGUGGCUCCUGGACAGGCUCGAGGGAUUCUCCCAGGUGAAGUGUGUUUGUGCUCCUGGACGACGUCCUCGACUUCCGUUUCCUCCCUUGCGACGAUCAGUGAAAAUUGCGCGUGUGCCAGAUUUAUUUCGGUGAAGAGUUGGUUUUGUGCAGAGAAAGAGAGGCUCAACUUCUGCAUUGGAGGUUUAAUUGAGCAGCAAAAUUGGAGAGACGAAGGUUUUUCUGGCUAAAUACAGUGCUGUGUGUCUCUUGAUUGCAAACAAUUUCUGGCGAGCAGAAGAUUUUCCAUCUGCAGACAAACCGCAAAGCUGCUGUUUUGGUUUUGCAUGCGUCACACAAUAAUCGCAUGAGGAGAGCAGCCAAUUGGUGCCACUCGUGGAGAAUGUGACGACAGAGGAGUUGGCUAUUUGUGCGAAGACAAGACGAUCUUUAAGUGCGUUCUCUAAUUAACCUUUAGCGUCAACGCAAUUGACAUAAUGGGAACAAAAUCACCGGGAACGCCGCAGAGAUGCCGCCUCAUCCUCAACCAGUGUCUGGCCAUUCAACUGAGCCGUCCCGGAAAUACACCAGAGGACUUUUGGAUGUACGACUCGGGCUACAUGAUAUUCCAGAACUUCCUCGCUGCGAAUGCCCAAUGCUGGUGGAAUGGGCCUCUGACUGCUGCCACGCGGGCGCUCAAGUACGUCGGACACGUCUCUCCCGGAAUCCUGCUCGUGACUGCGGAACCGUGUGCCUUGGAGGUGUUGCGCGGCGCUUACGCCAGGAGUGUCUUGAAACCACCCCCAACUUACAUCAUCAGCUCAGUCGGCGACAUUGACGACUGCAUCCUCACGCCGAUUGCCAAGGGACAGUUUACACCCCUUCCGGAGGCCCUGUGUGACGUCAUCAUGGAUCUCACAUCGCAAGGACAGUCGGCCACGCUUGAGAAUCUUAAGAUAAAGCUGACAAUCAGAUUUCCACACAUGCAACCGCCGUCAGUUGAGACGAUCUACGACACGCUGGUUCAGCUGAUGCAGGAGCGGAAGAUCUACCAAACGGCCAAGGGAUACUUUAUCGUAACACCAGAACGUCGAAGAAGUCGAUCUCGACCGCGGGAUCAUCGAUCUUUGGACGAAACUUACGAGGACGAGCCACAGGAGGCGCGAACCAUUCUCCUGACCAACUCAGAGGCACUUCACAAUCUCUACGGUGAGAUAUCAACGGAGAGAGACGGCGACUUGACUCACCAGUGCAUUCAGACCAAUCUGGCGGAUGUUAUCUGCGGUGGCAAUCCCAAUGACAAGAUCAUGUACGCCAGAAGCUCAAAGCGCCGAAGUGCCUCAUUUCCAGCCCCACGGAGUCUCGAGAGGCGUCACAGCAUGAGACUCUUCGGCUCCUCCAAGCGACUCCAGAGAUGCUCCUCAACAAGAAGCCUCACGAAGACGUACGCCCUCGCCGUGACGGCGGACAGCAGCAGCUCGGAGAACCAAAGCACAGACUCGUCGUCGCCGAAGAAGGGCUCUCUGCUGUCACGACUCUUCCGGCGCAGUGGACGAUCGAAGCAGCGCCAGAUCGAGACUUUCUCAGCACAAUUUCCGCCUCUUGAGUGGUUCAACUCGCGCGCCGUUCACCUUCACAGCGUCGGCACUCAGACCACAGAUCACGACGUCCCGAUGACGCACACUCUGUCCAAUUCCACUUUCUACGACGGUUCGGAGCUGAGUCAGCGAUCAUCCACGCUUCCGCGACGCCAUCGUCGGCACAUGUCCAGCGAGUCGACAUUCUUGAUCUGGUCCAGGGAUUGCUCGCCCAUCAGACGGAGAUCCCCGGCCUACUGUAGCGGCAGCCUGCCGCGAUCCACGCACUCCAUCCCAUCUUCGGUGAAGCCCACGGCCAAAUCGCUGGCCUCCAAGAGCGUCCUGGAUGAGCAGAAUCGCGCCAAGGCGAAGCAGCGGAUCGACGAUCCGCGCCACUUCAGACACCUCCACAGCGGCCCAUCCAGCAUCGAGAGCGGCAAGACGUCCCUCCUGUCCGGACCGUCGAGCAUCGACAGCGGGAAGAUGACGCUCAGCCGCACCAGCGGACACUCCAGCUUGGAUUCGCAGGCCUCGACGUCCUCCAGGCCGCCGAAAGUGGGCAUCUCGCCGCGCUCCUCGCCCAGCCAUCAGAAGGUGAAGCCUCACCUGCGACAGACCACGUCCACGGGCAGCUCCACGAAGGGCGAGGAGGUGCCGGUGAGCCGAGUCGCCGGCUCCACGUCCAACAACUCCAUCACCCUCCAAGUUACCACGUCGGGGAACGUCGCGACGCCGCCCAGCACGAAGAUCUUCGUCCAGAACUCACCAGUGCGCAGCGUGAUCACGCUGGAGAACGGGAAGCUGUGCGACAACCCCAAUGUGUUCAUCAUCAACAAUGAGACUGUGAAGAAUGCCAACGGAGAGCUCAUCCAGAGGCACCUCACGAAGAUCCCGCCACCGCUGGAGACACAGUUCGAUGACUCAGAGACCGGCGACUCGCUGUCCCUCAUCAGCGAGAACUCGCCCAAUUCCAGCGUCACGCCGCUCAUCAACGAGAUCCUGGAUGCCGAGAACACCAAGUUCACGAAGAACGUGAACAACGACGCCACGAUGAACAACAGCCGCAAGAUGGGCAAUCAGUGCAACAACGGACGCAACAUCGUGUACAAGAACGUGCUGAAGAGCAACGAGUCGGAUCCCACGUCGCCGGUGAACAACAAGAACGUCUUCCGGUUCAGCGACGAGGUGGCGGGCUCGAUGGGGAAUCUGCGCAUCGUGGACAAGCUCAACUCGCACUGUGACUUGAAGAACUUGCAGAUGGAUCGCAAGGCGCUGACCUCGAGUCCCGCCAUCAACACCGACUCCCUGGCGCACAUACUGCAGAAGAACAUCGUGGCCGUGGGCAGCGAGCCGAAUCUCGUGGCCAAGAACACGGAGUGCAAGAAAGUGCUGGACAAGAGCAACAUCGACAAGGAGCAACUCGAUCGCCGACUCAGUCUGUCCAAGGAGGUUUCCGGCACCACUUCCGGCGGCGAUCUGUACAACUUUCCCAGCCUCACGGAUCUGAGCUUCAACUUCACAUCCUUGGCGGCACAGAAGAUCCUCCAGGGCGUCAGCAUCAAUAGCAUCGACACACUCGUGGAGCUGAACAUGGCCAACAGCCAGGACAAGAGCAAGCCCGGCCAUCUGCCGUCCCUCUGCACGGACUACGGCAUGAUCUGAGCCCGCCACGAGACCACAAUCAAGUGCCAAAUGCUACUAUGCAACUCUGCAAUGCGCAUUGUAACCACUCUCGGAGACCAACUAAUCCCUAACAUCCGUAGAUUAUCUCCUCAAGUAUCAAAACUUAACUCCUAUCUAAAUACAAUGUAAUAUAUAUAAUAUUUGAGUAAAUAAUGGAGGUUAAUAAUGCUAUUAAGUAGCACUAAUUACUAAUAAACAUAUUGAAUCAAUAAAAGCUUCUCUACAUUUACACUGAAA